GCAAACACAGAGCUUUAAUGAAGGCAAGCAGCAGAGUUAUGGUGCAGGUGCUGUUGUUGGCAUUGCUGGCUCAGGUCACUCUGUGCCAGCACUGGUCCUAUGGAUGGCUACCAGGUGGAAAGAGAAGCGUGGGAGAGCUUGAGGCAACCAUCAGGAUGAUGGGCACAGGAGGAGUGGUGUCUCUUCCCGAAGAGGCGAGUGCCCAAACCCAGGAGAGACUUAGGCCAUACAACAUUAUUGAUGGCUCCAGCCAUUUUGGCAGAAACAAAAGAUUCCUGAAUAAAUAAGGAGCAACAAAAAGAAGACAGACUGCAUUAUUAUCAACGCCAUGGACUGUCUACCCUGACUUCGGACUUUUGCUGUUUACAUGAAAUUUAUGUCUUUAAUGUCAUUAUAAAUCAGUUAAAAUAAACUUUUGAACCCUGA